CCUCUCAUUCCGGACAAAAAUCAAUAAAAAGACUUGAUCUAAUUGCGAGCCCUAGUUUUAUCACACACGAUUCAGUCGCCGAAAGGGGUCUAAGAUGUUCGUCUCAGUUUCAACGUUGAUAUUUUUGGCAGCCUUAUAUUUCGAAAAUGGCCACUGUAAACCAUCGGGGUUUACUGACGCUAGUCCGCAUUUGUCAACAUUCUGGAUUAGACUUCCUGAUCUGGUACAGCAAGAUCAACAGAUUCUAAACAGUGAAGCAGCGUUGCUAAUAAGUGGAGGUUCUAAAAUUUCCAGUGGAUCAAUUGCGCUGACGCAACAGUUUCCAUAUCAGGCUGCGAUACUCAUUAAUUUCCCGGACGGAUCGGGAACUCUCUGCGGUGGAACGAUAAUUUCGUCUACGUUUGUCCUGACAGCGGCGCACUGUUUGGACGGUGCCAUCGACGCUGUUGUCGUGGUGGGAACCAACACGAUCAGCAUUCCGAGUGAUUCUCAGGCGGUUGAAAUUGAUGUCACGUUUCACGAUAUGUUGGUACACCCGAAAUAUGAUCCAGUGGAUGUGUUGAACGAUAUUGCCAUAUUACGGCUGACCAAGGCACUUAUCUUCACCGAUAAGGUUCAGCCUAUCAGACUUCCGUCACGACGGGAAGCUCAGGUGGAUCUGGUGAACAUGGAUGCUACCGUUUCCGGCUGGGGAGCACUGAGUGGUGAUGAAUUUGCCGAAAUAUCGGACAUUCUCAAGCUGGAGUUGCGCUACGUGAGCAAUCCCGUAAUUUCGAAUGCUGUCUGUGGGAAGGUGUUCCGAGACAUGAUUCAUGACUUCCAUGUGUGUGUUUCUGGCGAUAACGGAAGGAAUGCUUGUCAAGGUGAUUCAGGUGGACCCCUAUCUGCUUCGAUGAGCGGCAAGACGACGCUGAUUGGCAUUGUUUCGUACGGAUCGACUGAUGGCUGCGAGAAGGGCUCUCCAGCGGUUUACACUCGAGUCGGUUUCUAUCUGGACUGGAUAUCUCACCACACUGAUAUUAGGGUUGAAAAUUGAAUGGUUUUGUUUUCACUAAGAUAACGAUUAGAUAACCACAGUCAAAAUGAGUAAUCAAUAGAUUUGUCUACCAUAAAAA